AUGGCGGAAGACAAGGAAGCUACGACGAGCUCACUCAGUCAAGGACUCACUCCUCAAGACCCCGAAGAUGCUCCCAAGUCUCCUCCCAACUCUCCAAACUCUUCUACUCGCAAAGCUUGCUAUGCUGUUCUACAGAGUUGGGUGUCCAAGAAGUUUAUGACUGGAUUUGUCGUCCUGUUUCCUGUUGCUGUCACAUUCCUCAUCACUUGGUGGUUUAUCCAGUUCGUUGAUGGUUUCUUCAGUCCGAUAUACGAGAGCCUUGGUGUUGACAUAUUUGGACUUGGGUUUGUUACAUCUGUACUCUUCACUUUCUUUAUCGGAGUAUUUGCAUCGUCGUGGCUCGGUUCUACGGUUUUCUGGCUCGGUGAGCAGUUUAUAAGGAAAAUGCCCUUUGUGAGGCAUCUUUAUUCAGCUUCUAAACAAAUCAGCACUGCUAUUUCCCCCGACCAAAACACAACCGCAUUUAAAGAGGUGGCAAUUAUCCGUCAUCCUCGUGUUGGUGAAUACGCAUUUGGAUUUAUCACAUCGUCGGUGACACUUCAGACGGACCAUGGAGAGGAAGAGUUGUGUAGUGUGUAUGUGCCAACGAAUCAUCUGUACAUAGGAGAUGUGUUUUUGGUGAGCAGUGAAGAAAUCAUACGGCCUAAUUUAUCCAUCCGAGAAGGAAUAGAGAUCAUAGUAUCGGUAGGGAUGACGAUGCCGCAAGUGAUAUCUCAUGUGGACAGAACUCCUCACAAACACAAUCUUAGGAUUCCUCUCAAUAGAGUUUGA